AGGAGCGCAGGAACCGGCCCCUACCACUUGAUGCCGCUGACCUUGGCCAGUUGGCGGUGAUCACGCCUCUGUAGCUGCAAGCUUUUUUUCCUCCCCUUCACAUCCUUUUUUUUUUCCUACCAUGGCAUCAUCCUCAUCAUCAACACCAUCACCGGCGGACGAGCUGGAUGAGGACUGCGUGGUGCAGCGCGGACGGUCUCACAGUGACCCGAGCAGCGUCCCGGAGCUCCGCUCUGGAGCCCCCGCUCCAGAUGUAAUGGACCAGCAGAGGGCACCACACUCGAGUUGCUUGGUCUCAGGAGUCCGUACGCCUCCCGUCCGACGCAACAGCAAGCUGGCGAGCCUAGGACGCAUCUUCAAGCCAUGGAAGUGGAGGAAAAAGAAAGGCGAAAAGCCAAAGCCCCCUGGAGCAGCAGAGAAGAAGGCAGCUGUACGGCACAAGAGAGAUGAGCACGUCAGGCGAAGCCCCGGGGAGAUGGAAACAGAGUUGGAUCUCGCUUGUGGGGGAAACGGAGAGGAUCCAGACACGCCGCUUCAGUCAGACAGUGAAGACAGAGACGAGGAGCAGGUGGCACCCCUAGCCAGUGCUUGUGAGGACCUGGGAAGCGAUAUGGAAGCCUCAGCAGUUCAAGAUUUGUCUGAGGAUCUGAAGGCAGCUGGAGAAAGCAAUCAAAGCAAGGAUGGAGAUGGAGAAGAUGAGAGCACGUCAGUCAGUGACCCCAGUGAGGAGCAGGCGAUGGAAAGCAGCGAGACCGCCAAGGGGAAAGAGGAAGCGGUGGCAGCCAAGCCUCAGAGACGAGCCAGCACCCCUCCACCACAAAGUCUUCCUGUCAAACUGCUCACUAGGCUGGGCAGCUUAGAUGGUGCUCCUCCUGUACCAGUGAAAAAGUCUCCAGCUACUUUACCCAGGAACUUUACACUCCCCAAAGAAUCUCACGGAUCCCUGCUUAGAGCCAGGAUCUCUACACCCACUGGGUCUCCACACCUUGGGUCCCUUCACCAACCACUGCCCCCUAGCUGCAUAAUUGAGGAACUCCACCGCGCCCUGGCCACCAAACAUAGGCAGGAGAGUUUCCAGACGAAGGAAGCUCGCUGUUCUCCUAAGCGCAGGCUGGACGGACGGCUGUCGCGGACAUCCAGCACAGAGAGGGAAUCGCUUGGGGAAUCAGACAGCAAGAAGACGUCUGAUGAAAACAAGGAGAACUGUCGCCUGGAUCAGUACAUGAGCGACCAGGACAGCUGGAACGACUCUGUGAUCUCCGGAACGCUCCCCCGUAGGAUGAGGAAAGAGCUCCUGGCCGUGAAGCUUCGGAACAGGCCCAGCAAACAGGAGCUGGAGGACCGCAAUAUCUUCCCAGUGCGCAGCGACCAAGAACGACAGGAAAUCCGCCAGCAGAUAGAGAUGAAGCUGGCCAAGAGACUGAGCCAGAGACCGGCUGUGGAGGAGCUGGAGAGCCGGAACAUCUUAAAGCAGAGAAAUGACCAGAUUGAGCAGGAGGAGAGGAGGGAAAUAAAGCAGCGACUAAACAGAAAGCUCAACCAGAGGCCAACAGUAGACGAGCUGCGGGACAGGAAGAUCUUAAUUCGUUUUAGCGACUAUGUGGAAGUGGCCAAAGCUCAGGACUAUGACAGACGUGCAGACAAGCCGUGGACCAGACUGUCAGCUGCUGACAAGGCGGCAAUUAGGAAAGAGCUAAACGAGUUCAAGAGCAACGAAAUGGAAGUUCAUUCCUCUAGCAAGCAUCUGACAAGGUUUCACCGGCCUUAGCAAGGUUUCUUCUGUGAAGAGUUGCUUAAAUCUGGUUCUGUCAGAAAAGGCCUUCCACAGGGUCUUUGAACUCCUCCCCUCCCCGGGUUCCCACAGUCAGUGGCCAUCCUGAUAUUUGGGUUCAGCAAACCUUGGAGGCUAUGUCUCUAGUCUGAGAUCUGCUGGUAGAAGAGGCUGCAUGCAGCAAAGGUCCACCUCCGCUCAGGGGAACCCCUCCCUCACCGCCUGUUCACCCCGUCAGAGGAGCAGGAAGGACACUAGGGCGUGGAUCUCCAGGAGACAAGCAGGGACUUCUUUUUGUAAACUGACUUUUUUCAAAGACUUUGUUUUUGAUGCUACUGAGGAGGAAUGGUGCAUGCGAGGAAGUCAACUAGUCUCACCCCAGUAAUGUUAGUCACAUCCCCCGAGCUGUGUCUGAAUCUCAAUGAUUGAACUAAUCAGUUUCAUAUCAACCGUAUAAAAUGUUCUUAAACAGAAACCUUGUCUGUGUACAAGACCGAAAUCCCUUUGUAAGCACUAUUUAUUGUCUGCACAAUACAAGUUUUCUAUUCAUAACAAACCUCGUUUGUCUUGUGUGAGACUGUUUCUCAGACCCUGAUUCAUCACCCAAAUAAAGCAGGGUGUCUUUUUUGGAUUUCAGGUUAGAAAAGUUUGGAAAAUGAUGAAACUGAAGUAUUUUUCACGGAAAAAAAAGAAUCCAUCCUUUAUUCGGUGUAACAGUGUAUAAAUCAACGCAUCAUUUGAUCCAUCCAUUUGUCUAUGCAUCAUCCAACCACCUAUCCAUCCUUCAUGUAUUUAUUUUCCUGUUUUUUUCUCCAUCCAUUCAUUUUUGUUCUCUAAAGAUUUUAGAGUGAAAAAGUCCAACAUUUAUAGAAAUCUUUGUAAUGAAUUUUUGCUAAACUUUUGCUUAACUGAGUGAGCUAAGAAUGGUCAGAAACACCGUAUUUGGAAGAUUGUUCCCAUUGCAAUGGGAAUUAGAUGGAACGAUUACUCAGUUUGUGUUAUAAAUGGGCUAUAAUACCUUGAGAUUAACCUUUCACAACUAAACUGCUUUAUAAAGCAAUUACUGAAAGUGUAGCUAGAUUUAUCAGGCUGCACCAGAUUAUCAUUUUGCGGUCUAAAUGCUGGCACUGACCCGUUUUAGGUUGUUUUUUAUAAACCUACAGUGUAUUAACCGCUUAAGCAGGUUGGUCUGGCUUAAUUCCUUCAUGAGAAGAAUUUCAGCUGACUGAUUUUGCUCAAUCAGCUAAUAUUCUGUAUUGCUGUAUCACACUGCCUGCAGAAUAAUGAGAAUAUUUGAGUCUGUCCAUGUCUGAAUAAUCACACUUAAACACACUGAUGGUGGUGAUGAAUGGGGCCCAUUGAAAAGCCUGUCUUAAAAAAAAUAAAAACAUUAUAGUUGAUACUGAAAACAAACAAAAAAA